AUGGAGAAACGCACCGCAGAGAGUCCGAUGGACUUUGAAUGGCAGUCCCGGGCGCCUGGCGACGUCACGUCGCCCUUCUACCAGCUCGGUCUGCAGCACGACAAUCAGAAAAAGCGCCCUCAUAGUAUCUUCGAUUCGCCCCAGAAGAAAGAGAUGCCGGCUCUGCGUGCUCCCAACUCCCAACCCUUCCUAUUCUCCCAGAACCCAUCACAAACAUCAUCGAAGAAUCCCAAAUCGCAUUUCGGACAGUCGGCAUUCAUGACACCGCGCAAAUUCGACUUGGAUUUCUCUUCCGGAGCUGAAAAUCUGUCUUCCCCCGAGAACGCCGACAACGAGGAUACACCGGAACAACCGACGAAAGCGGGCCACCGAAACUCGUUAUUCGGCAUGUAUGGAAAGUUUGCGCCCAGUCCAGGACGUGGGGAAAUCCCCCGAAUGAACCACUACUCCCAUGCGCUGGCCAGACGGGUACAAAAGCGGCGACGGAGGGAUAAGGCGCUCGGGCAACAGCUGCGGAAGGAUGAAAGCGAUGAUGAGAGCGACCGGCCGAGCAGCAGCGAGGGACAACUGGUCAAUAUGAAGAACGUGGGACGGAAAGGGAGCCAGGAGGGACAGUCGUCAUCACGGCUAUCGUCGUUCUCGGAGUUCUUCUCCUUGCUUGAGGCGCACCCUAACGUUCCCAGUAUUCUUUCGUGGUGGGCGCAGCUAGUCGUGAACCUGUCGCUGUUCUCGCUUGCGGUCUACGUUGUGUUCGGGUUUGUCUCGGCCAUCCGGGCUGAAUUCGAGCAGGCCGCGGAGGAGGUGUCGGACACGAUUUUGGCGGAGAUGGCUGUCUGUACGAAGAACUACGUGGACAACAGAUGUAUGAGUGGAGACCGACUACCUGCGCUGGAGACGAUCUGCGAGAACUGGGAGCGCUGCAUGAACCGUGAUCCGGCCAAGGUUGGACGCGCCAAGGUGUCGGCACAUACCAUGGCGAUUAUCAUCAACAGCUUCAUCGAUCCGAUCAGCUGGAAGGCAAUUAUGUUCUUCCUCGCUACUAUCUCGACAGUCACCGUUGUCAGCAACUGGUCCUUCCGUUCCUUCAGAAACCGCUUCAGUCAACACGAAUAUGCUCCACCACCUCCUUCUUUCUCUCGUCAACCCUCAGGUCAACAUCAUCCAUCAAUGCCCCCGUCGCAAUAUUCCCUACAACAGAACCCAGGGUUUGGAUACGAGGAACCUAACCAGGGGGCUAUCGCGAAUGUUGACGCGAAGCCAGACGCCCCCUUGAUGCUGGAGCAUCCACAGAUGGGAUUUGUAAUGGGCCGCAGUCGUGAGCGAGAGUCUCACAUGCGGACUCCAAGUCCAGUCAAACGAAGGCAUCUUUUGUGA